AUGGUGGAUAAUUCAUACCUUCCCUUGUCGACCAAUCACAGAGCCAGCUUUGUCAACGGCACUUGGGAGCCUGAUGGCGUCACUUUCUUCAUUAUUCAGGGCCUCACCGGCCUUGGAGAAAAAAAAAUUAUUAUUUUUGUCACGAUCCUUCUGGGAUACAUCAUCAUCCUGGGAGGAAACAGCAUGAUCAUUUUUGUGGCAUGGACUGAUUCGAAGCUUAACUCUCCCAUGUAUUUCUUCCUCUAUAACCUCUCCUUUGUUGACAUCGUCUACACCACCACCACCAUCCCCAAAAUGCUAUCCGGCUUCCUGACAGACGUCAAUACCAUUUCUUUCCCAGGCUGCUUCCUCCAGAUGUAUUUUGUCAUUCAGCUAGGAAUUACUAGCCGUUCCAUCCUGACUGUCAUGGCGUUUGACCGCUACGUGGCCAUUUGCAACCCUCUGCGCUACACAGCCAUCAUGACUCGGACUGUCCGGCUGCUCCUCAUCGCAGGAGCCUGGAGCUUCGGCAACCUAAGCAUCCUGCCAACCAUCUCCCUGUCCUUGCCGCGGUCUUACUGUGGACCGAAUGUGGUAAAACAUGGCUGGUGUGACCCUUCGUCUGUAAGGCGGCUAGUCUGCGGUGACACCUCAGUUGAGAGCGUAAUGUCGCUUUCCUCCGCUAUAGUGUCGCUACUGAGUACAGGAGUCCUCAUCCUCACCUCCUAUAUCCUGAUUGGUAUUUCUAUAUCGAGGAUGGGUGUCGCUCAGAGGUUGAAGGCCUUCGGGACGUGUGCCGCCCACCUGAUUGUGGUAUCCAUCUCUUACACCUCGGCCUCAUUUGUAUACAUCUCCUACCGGGUGGGAAACUUUUCACCAGAGGUUCGUAUCAUUGUGUCUGUGUUGUACGCCGCUCUGACUCCUUUCCUAAACCCGAUGAUCUACAGUCUGAGGAAUAAGGAGCUGCGAGAGUCUAUCAUCAGGACACUGGGCAGGUUCAGACCUUCUGCUGUAUUACCCAUAAAGGACGUUAACACAGUGCCCUGA